AUGGAGUCCUCUUUCAACGCCGUAGAGCUCCGGGAGCUGCGGGGGGGAGGAGGCCGGGGGUUUGAGAACGCCUCGUACCAGCAGGACGAAGAGCAUGAGCUCCACCAGCAGGGGGCGACGGAGCCGACCGGUGGACCAACAUCGACCUCCGGAUACAGAAAGGAGCAUCAGGAGCUCUCUCCUCAGUCGUACGAUGAAGAGGAGGGAGGAGGAGGAGGAGGAGGAGGUCAGGAGGACGGGCAGGACUUCCGGGAGUUCCACCCGUCCGAUGACCACUCGGCGGACUACGGCUUCAUCUUCGCGCUGGUGUUCCUGGUGAGCGGCAUCGUGCUGGUGGUCAUCGCCUACACCAUCCCCCGGGAGGCCAAAGUGGACCCGGACUCGGUGUCGGCCCGGCAGAUGGAGAAGCUGGAGAUGUAUUACGCCCGGCUGGGCUCUCACCUCGACAAGUGCAUCAUCGCAGGCCUGGGCCUGCUGACUGGGGGGAUGUUCCUGUCCGUCCUGCUCAUGGUGUCCAUCUGCCGCGGCGAGAUGCACCGGCGCCGGGCAGCGUUCGUCCGGCCAAAGAGGACUUACGGCUCCAUCAACCUGAGGAUGAAGCAGCUGGCGACCGGGGAGGCUGGAGGAGGAGGAGGAGGAGGAGGAGGAGGAGGAGGAGGAGGAGGCGAGGAUGGAGGGGAGGAGUUUUUGGUGGAGUGUCCAGAGACACGGAAUAACGUACAGCCAGGUCUGAGCAGGGACGCCAAACCAGGACCAGAACCAGGACCCAGCAGGAAUCCUCAUCCUCCUCUUCCUCAUCCUGCUGCUGCUGCUUCAUCAUCUUCUUCUUCCUCAGCUGCUGCAGAUGGAGUCAACUGA